AUGGAGUCGGACCUGCUUGGCAUGCACCACGCCUCGAGCAGCGACCCGCACCCGAUCCUUCACUCUGCGCUCCUCGUCCUCGCCACGCUCGCCGCCGUGGUGCUUGUGCGGCUGCUGUGGCCCGAGGCAAGCCGCGCGGAGCUGCUGUGGACGAUCGACCCGCCCGAGGCGGCGCGGCAGCACAUCCGGCGGCUGAUCCUCCCGCCCGAGGCCAUCCGCCUCCGACCGGCAGACACCUCCCCCACGAGCGCAGCCGGAAGCUGCGGUGACAGGAGGAGCGGCGGAGGCGGGAGCGGCGGCGGUGGUGGCGGGAGCGGCGGCGGCGGCGGCGGGAGCGGCGACGGCGGAGCCACUUCGCCCUCCCCCUCCUCCUCGCUGGGCGAGCGGAGCACGGUGGUGCAGCGGGUGCUCACCCGCGGCCACGAGGCUGCCAGCCUGCUUCGGUCGCCGUCCGGCAAGCAGCGGCCGCACCCGUCGCCGCACGCGUUUGUGUUCGACCCGACGGUGGCCGCGGCGCACGACGUGACUCCGCUGCUUGUCUUUGUCAACCCGGGGUCGGGCGGGCGACAGGGCCAGGCGGCGCUCGCGCAGCUCCGCUCGCUCCUCUCGCCACAGCAGGUCGUCGACCUCACCCUCGGCCAGUCCACCCUCGAGGAGGCGCUCCACUCGCACCAUACCCCCAGAGUCGUCGAACCCAGCGCGGCCGUCAGCUCCCCGGCUGGCGACGGCACCGUCGGGUGGGUCCUCGCGAUGAUCGACUCACUCCACCUCGACUAUACGCCGCCGGUGGCCAUCCUCCCCCUGGGCACCGGCAACGACCUCGCGCGCGAGCUCGGCUGGGGCGGCGGCGGGCGGCGGGGCGCGCACACGCGGCUGGUAGAGCUGCUGACUGACGUGGAGCGCGCGCAAGUCACUCUGCUGGACCGGUGGACGGUCCGGUUCGGAGACGCGCGCAUCGGGCGGAGGACAAACAGCGACCCGCCCGCGCGCACGCUCCAAAACUACAUGGGGAUCGGCGUCGAUGCGAAGGCGAGGACUAGCUGCUUACUCCUUGCUUACUCAUUGCUCGCCCGGUCACCCGAACAAGUAAGACUUGGGGAUCGGCGACGACGCAAAGCUGAUCACACGGCACGAACUCAGCACGAGUUCGUAAGAUUAGUUCAUGAUUGGGGGGCCGACGCAAAGGUGGCCCUCGACUGGCACACGCGGCGGCAGAUGGCGCCGCACCUCUUCACGUCGCAGCUGCGCAACAAGCUGCGCUACGCGCGGUACGGCGCGCGGCAGCUCUUCCAGGGCGGCGCCUUCAACUCGCUGCUCGAGCGCGUCGUCUUUGAGGCGGACGGCGCGCGCGCCGGCGGCGGGCCGAGUGCUGAUUGGGCGGCGGAGGGGGCGAGGGGCUGGGACGUGGCGAGGGAGGAGUUUGGGAGAGGCCGGCUCCCCGAGCACGCGUCUCCGCCGUGGGCGGAGCCCUCGAUGGCCGACGGGCUGCUCGAGGUCGUCGCCGUGCGCGGCGUGCUGCAGCUGGGCCUGGCGCAGAUGUCGCUCACCGGCGCGACCAGGCUGGCGCAGUGCUCGUGCUUGUCCAUCUCGUCGACGGUGCCGCUGCCGGUGCAGGUGGACGGCGAGCCGUUCCAGCUGCAGCCCGUCUUCGCCCCUCGCUCGCCGAUGACGCUGACGGUGCGGCUCAAGAACCAGGCCGUGAUGCUCUCGCGGUCGGACGUGCGCACCGACGGGGCCGCCCUCGGCGCGCUCGACUGGGCGGUCGAGCAAGGCGUCAUCAGCGUGGAGCAGCACCAGGCGGUGCUGCGCGAGGUCGCGCGGCGGACGGGCUCGCUCCAGCGACUCGGACACCGCAGCGCGUCGUACGGCGGAUCGCGCACCCACCUGCCCGUCGCGUCCUCCGGAUCCACCUCCUCGCUCGCCUCCCUCGCGCGCGUCGCGGAGCAGCUCAUCGACGACUGA